CAGUAUAUUAUACUAUUAGUAUUAUAUAAUAUAUUGUACUAUGCUUUUGAUACACUGUUGUUAUUAUAGUACCGUAUAUACUCGAGUAUAAACCGACCCGAAUAUAAGCCGAGGCACUUAAUUUUACCACAAAAAAACCUGGGAAUACAUUGACUCCAGUAUAAGCCGAGGGAGGUAAAUUUCAGAAAUAAAAAUAGAUACCAAUAAAAUUACAUGAAUUGAGGCACCCGUAGGUUAAAUGUUUUUGAAUAUUUACAUCAAGUUCUAAUUUAAGAGAAGACUGUCCAACUCUGAUCAAAUCAUUCUUCUCAUCUUCUUCAAUAUGUAAACGUGCUUAUGUAUCCUUUUAAAAAUAAUAGAGUAAAAUAAUACAUGUAUUAAUAAUAAUAAUAAAUACAGGAAAAUAAUACAUGUAAUAUUUAUUUAUUUAUUUAUUUACAGUAUUUAUAUUCCGCCCUUCUUUCUCACCCCAAAGGGGACUCAGGGCGGAUUACAAUGAACAUAUAUAUGGCAAACAUUCAAUGCCAACAGACAAACAAUAUACAUUAGACAGACUCAGAGGCAUUUUUUAAAAACAUUUUUCCAGCUUCACGAUUCCAGCCACAGGGGGAGCUGUUGCUUCACCGUCCAGUAGUGGCUGUACUUCCUCAUUCCUUUCCUCGUGUUUUGCUGGCGGUUUUUUUUAUGAUGUUGUAAAUUAGUUAAAUUAGCCUCCUGCAUAAAGCGUACCUAAAUUUCCCUACUUGACAGAUGCAACUGUCUUUCGGGGCUGCAUAGGUCAACAACAAGCCGGGCUAUUUAAUGGUCGUAGGCUUAACCCGACCCGGGCUUCGAACUCAUGACCUCUCGGUCAGUAGUGACUUAUAGCAGCUGGUUAAUAAUAAAUACAGUAGAGUCUCGCUUAUCCAACAUUCGCUUAUCCAACGUUCUGGAUUAUCCAACGCAUUUUUGUAGUCAAUGUUUUCAAUACAUCAUGAUAUUUUGGUGCCAAAUUUGUAAAUACAGUAAUUACAACAUAGCAUUACUGCGUAUUGAACUACUUUUUCUGUCAAAUUUGUUGUCUAACAUGAUGUUUUGGCGCUUAAUUUGUAAAAUCAUAACAUAAUUUGAUGUUUAAUAGGCUUUUCCUUAAUCUCUCCUUAUUAUCCAACAUAUUCGCUUAUCCAACAUUCUGCCGGCCCGUUUAUGUUGGAUAAGUGAGACUCUACUGUAAGAGUAAAAUAAUAAGUGUAGUAAUAAUAAGAUCAAAGUGAAAUAAUAAAUGUAUUAAUAAUAAUAACAAAAAUAGAGAAAAAUAAUAAAUGUAAUAAUACCAAUAAUAAUAGAGAAAAAUAAUAAACGUCCCAUAUAUUCUCGAGUAUAAGCUGACCCAAAUAUAAGCCAACCAGGACCCUCACCCGAGUAUAAGCCGAGGGGGGCUUUUUCAGUCUUAAAAAAAGGGCUGAAAAACUAGGCUUAUACUUGAGUAUAUACAGUAAGUUACCUCCUGCCUUGUAGGAAAAGGGCUCCUGUCCCUUUAAAUGUGGGAUGGCUUCAGGUGUAGCCAGGUAAAGAGAGCACCUGGCCAAGCCCUUCCUGGUGGCAACACCCUUUUCCACUUGCAACCCAAGCAGCAUUUUCUUUUCCGGGAGAAUAAAGUCCAAAGUCCGGCUUCUUGAGAAACAGGAAAGAUGACCGCCCCUCCGCCGCCCUCCGCCCCCUUGCCGCCCCCGCCUUCCUACGAGGAGACCCUCGGCAGCAACAACUCGGCCCAGAAUCCCCCAAAAGGGGGGCAGCCCCCGCCUUACCCCCAUCCAGGACCGGCCAUUUAUGUCCAGAACCAAGUGGCCUUCUAUGACCAGCCAGUGCACAUGGUCUGCCCGUCUUGCGGACACCUGAUCGUAACGCACAUCGACCGCAAAUCUGGGACUUUGAGCUGGAUCUCCUGCGGGACCCUCUGCCUCUUAGGGUGUUGGGCUGGCUGCUGCCUGUUGCCCUUCUGCAUAGACGCCUUUCUGGACGUGGAUCACAACUGCCCCAACUGCCAUGCCCUCCUGGGAAGCUACAGGCGCCUCUGAGGCCUUCUGUGCCCGUCCAUCCAUCCAUCGCUUUCUACUGCAGCCUCGCCUGCGCUCCAGAAGACUAGACUUUGGGGGAAAUCCAUAAUCAAUAACCUCAGCCUCGUUUCCAAUAAAGACCGGAUUGAGCCACA